AUGAGGGACUUUGUAGGGCGACCUGGAACAGCUAAUGCACAGUCUGUCAACGUCGCAUUUCGAGAACCAAUAGAUCGGGUUUUGGAGAAAAUCAAGAACGAGCUGUACUUUAGGUGGCCGAAUAAGAUGGCGGGAGAACCCUCGAAGCGCGAUCAGAACCUUUAUUGCCAAUACCACCAAGACCAUGGCCGCAUUACGGAGAAUUGCAAGAACCUCUGGAACCACCUGGACCAGCUAGUCCGGGAAGGAAGGCUGAAGCACCUUCUGCAUCAUUCCAGUGGUCAUCAAGGCCCUCAAGAGGCCAGGAGGGAUGCUGCCCUGAGGCCACCCACAGGAACGAUCAACGUCAUCGUGGCCGCGCCAGGGAGAACAGGCACGUGCCCUGCACGAGUGUUAUCGAUGGCUCAACUGUCUGCCGAGGAGUCCCAACCAGGGCCGAAAAGGGCCAGAAUGAGCUUUCAUCCCGUUUUGAGUUUUUCAGAGGAAGAUAAGAUCGGGACCAUCCAGCCUUACGAUGACGCGCUGCUAAUCACCCUCCGAAUCGGGGACUACGAUGUGAAAAGAGUGAUGGUGGAUGGCGGCAGUGCGGCUGAGGUUAUGUACCCCGACCUAUACAAGGGGCUGGGGUUAAAAUCAGAAGAUUUGACGCCCUACAACUCCCCUCUGAUGAGCUUCGAUGGAAAGCUUGUCAUUCCGAUAAGCAUGAUUAGAUUGCCCAUCCAGACCAGCUUAGAAAUAGUGGAAGUGAAUUUCAUCGUGGUGAACACCUACUCUCCCUAUACAACCAUUGUCGGUAGGCCCUAG